GUAGGGAGUGCGCGCUUGGCAGGGCAGAGGCAGGACUCGUAUGGAAAGUCAGAGCAGAGGAUUUGUGGAUCACUUGUUCAACUAGUGUGUGUGUCUGAGAUCACGAUAACACAGACAUGUCGGGGGAUAACGAAGAAACACAGAGAGCCGAAGAGACAUCGAUGGAAGAAAAGGAUGUCCAAGACAAGGUGAUCAGUCCUGAAAAGUCAGAGGAGGCUAAACUGAAGUCCAGAUACCCAAAUUUAGGAAAUAAACCCGGGGGCUCGGACUUGCUUCGUAAACGCCUCCAGAAGGGGCAAAAGUACUUUGACUCUGGCGACUACAACAUGGCUAAAGCCAAGAUCAAGAACAAGCAGUUGCCGACAGCGGCUCCAGAGAAGACGGAGAUCACAGGCGACCACAUCCCCACCCCCCAGGACCUGGCCCAGAGGAAACCCUCUCUUGUGGCCAGUAAACUGGCAGGCUGAUGCCCACACAGCCCCUGCAGCCCCCCCCUAACCCUCUCCACUCCAGUCUCAGAGCUGUAACAUUGACCUUUCCCACCCCCCACAGUACCUGUCCCUGCCCCCUGCCCACCCAACAGAACUGGCUAGCUGAAAUCCUGUUUAUUUUGAUAUCCUUCCCAUCUGAAUCUGCCUCCUAUCCUUGUUGUUUUCCCCUUGCUUACCCUCUAAACUGGCUAUCAUUGUCUUCUUACUUUUCCAUGUUGCUUUUUAUUCCCUCUCUACUUCAACGUAAGAAACACUGCAAAACUGGACAUCUAAAUGUGAGUGUGAAACGUGGAGUGUGACACCUCUGAUGAUGAUACCACGCUGCUUACUGGCUGAAGAGAGGGUCGAGGAAGUUGUGUCCUUUUUGGUUUGAGGGCUUUAGCAUGGUGGUCAGGAUCCCUCCGUUUGGAAGUAUGUGUAUAUACAUAUAUAUAUAUUUCCUUUUGUUUGGCACAGAGGAAGAUGUCGGCCGUUAAAAACAUUUUACAUCCGAUUUGUAUUAUUCACUGUAUUGUCCUUAUUCUAAAUUAUGCCUUCAAUCGGCUUGUGAUUUACUGAAAAAUAGUAAUCUUGAGGCCAAGCUCAGUUUUGUGAACACAUUGAUUGUAAACCAUGGGAGGAAUGUUCAUUUCCCCUCUGUGGGACGAAUAUAGGUGAAGGCCAGAGUGUUAUAUGGAACUGCAUGUGUGACGCAGGGCUCCCAAAGGCGAAACUCACUGACCUCCAUUUUGUAUUCAUUAAGGUGCACUGAACUCGGACAAGAAAAGCUCAGGUGCAGCAUACAAGCACCGGGUGGCAUGUGAAUGAUGCAGUAAAGACAUCUUGAAACUUUGUAGAGGAGACACUGCUUCAGUUUGAGCUGCGAUGGUGAAAAUGUGCACGGGGUUUGUGAUGUGCCAUCCAUUUUAGCCUCAGAUUAUGACAGUGUCAACGUUUCUGUUUACAACUUGUCCUACUUGUGAAACUACCAUGCUAGAAGACUAGUUUAUGGGACCUAAAAGUUACAUUUCGGUCAGUAGAGACCAGUCUUUGGGUCCUGUUUGCUGUGCGAGCUAAAUCUACCUUAAAGAAUGGUACUGGGAGCAGCUCUUGGCAUUGGGAACAAAUAUUGUUAUUCAAAGUCUUCAGACUUGGAAACAAAUAACUUCUAUAUAAGUCGAAUGAGUAUUAUCAUAGAAAAUGUCCCUGGACCUGUUCAGUGCUUUUCCAGGGUCCUUUCUGACUGGAUGAAAUGUACCUGUGAUGAGGUAAAUCAAAGCUAGCACAACAUCCGUCUGAGCUGUGCAUGUGUAUGGCUGCCCUGCUGUCACUUUGUGCCGUUUUGUAAAUAAAAUAGUUUUGCACAAAUGUUUAA